GGGAGACAAAGGGAGAGGGAGUGAGCAGCUAUACUGCCGUCAAGGUGAAGCACACACACUCAAUGAGGGGACAAGAUAUAAACUGACAGGCUGGGAACAGAUUCACAUACGACACCAGGAGGAGUUGCAAAGAAAAAAAAUACAAUAUUUUGAAAGCUGUUAACUUUUUGGAUUUGCGGCCUCAAGGGGAGAUCAAAUUUGUGUGAGAACUAUGGUGGAGCUGUUUGUUGACCGAGUCCUGCUGAAGAACAACCACAAGCAGGAUGAGCUUGACACAGAGAGAGAGAUCGUCAUGCGCCUGCAGAACCGCAUCCUGAUGCUCUUCUUUGCAUCUGCAGCAUGUGAGAGAUGCCAGCAGUUUACUCCCACACUCAGCAACUUCUUCAAACAGUUGACGGAUGAAUUCUAUGUCGAUCGUGCUGCUCAGCUCGUUCUCCUGUACAUAAGUUUGGACCAGACAGAGGAAGAGCAAGAAAGCUUCCUGAAAGAGCUGCCAAAGAAGUGCCUGUUCCUGGCCUAUGAGGACCCCUACAGGAGAGAGCUGCAGGCCAUGUUUAAUGUGGAAGAGCUGCCCACUGUGGUGGUGCUGCGCCCCGACUGCUCCAUCCUCAUCCCCAACGCAGCGGAGGAGAUACUCUGCCUUGGACCAGACUGCUACCGCAACUGGCAGGAGGCAGCGGAGCUCAUCGACAGGAACUUCAUGAUCAACGAGGGCUUUGAAGUGAAGUCCAUGCACAGCUGGAGUGACCCCGUGAGGAGACUAAAGUACAAGGUAGAGGGUGAGAAGAAGAAAAGCAAGAGAAAGCACCUUGACAGAGGAUGGGGUGGAGGUGGAGAAGAGGAAGUGAAUGGUAAAGAUGGAGGAAGUUCACCAUGGUGACUGAGACAAGAACAAAAAUAAAAUAUUGGGGGUUUUGUUAAGUAGUAAUUAAAUGUUUGUCACAAGGUUUUUUUUUUACUGAUGCUGCCAAAACCCUUUUCACAGCUCAAUUUGAGACAGAUUAUUAGAAACAUCUAACCUAGGUUACUGACUGUCUUAGAGCUUAUUGGAUAAGAAGACAAAUCGCUUAGUUGAGAAAUAAAAAAUACUUGCCAACUAUUUUGAUAAUUGAUCAAGUGUUAGUCACUUUUCAUGCAGAAAAGGCAGACAUGAUAUUAUCAGCCUCUUACACACAAAGGUCAGCUUCUUUUCAGUUGAAUAUCGUAUUAAACUGAAUAUCUUCGUUUUUUGGGCUGAAAAGCAAGAAAUGUAAAGACAUUAACAAACUGAAAUGGACAUUUUAUAAUGAUUUUGGACAUUUUAUUGAUGAUUAAGUGAUUAACUUAAAGUAUUAGCAGAUCAGUCCAUUAUUAAAAUAAUUGCACCCAUGCUGGAUUUUCUUAUCUAUUUCGGCGCCAAGCAACUGCUAUGGUCUUACUGCAAACAUACCUUCUUAUAAGUCGGUGAGGGUAAGCCAAUAAAAAGUAAUGUGCAACACUUUCUAAAAGGAGCACAGGAUUCUGCUCGCCAAUGCUGACCUUAACUUAGAAUUGGCUGUCUUUAAUGUCUUUGAAAGCUGCCAAAUACACUGUAAAGCCAAAGUUAGGUCUGAGCCAAGUCUUCCUGUUAUAGCUUGUUUUUAUAGCACCCAGGAGAUUAUAUUUACCCUCUCCCCAUUUUCACAACACAUCUCUGUAAAAUAAUGCAUUAAUUUCUUUGUCUU